AUGGCGACUCAGCCAAGUGACAACACGGAGUUUCCGCCCGAGAUUAUUCUGAAGCCCUUAGCUUUAAUCGGGCUCGCUGGACUGGACACAGUAAAUAACGCUAUUCAUAAAACUAUUUGGGAUGCGUUUUCUAAUAACAGGCGACCAGAUCGAGCUUCUGUUAGAUUCAAGUUGUUGAAUAACACCUUCGAGUUCCCAGUCGUAAAACCUAAACGAAACUCAUAUGAAUGGUAUAUACCGAAAGGAAUAUUAAAGAAAAACUGGAUACAGAAGCGUGUAUCGUUAAUACCAGCCGUGGUCGUUAUAUUUUAUGACAUGGAAUGGAAUGAUCCUCAGUGGAACGAGAAAAUUAUAGAAUGUGCCUCGAGAGUGCAAUCCAUACGUGCUGCAGUCGAAGGACACGCUACACGUGUAGCAGUUGUAGUUGUUCAAAGUGGUCUCUCACCUCCACCUUCUGAAUAUAUGUUGGGAGCAGAAAGGGCUCAGGCAUUAUGUUCUGCAUGUGAAAUACAAUCUAAGUCCCUCUUUGUUCUUCCUCACAGUGAUCAUUUAAUGGGAUACAUAAUAAGACUAGAGAAUGCUUUCUAUGAUAUUGCUCAGAAUUACUAUCAUCAUGAAACAAAGAAUGUUAAACAACAUAGAGAUCAUUUAAAUAAAACAACCCAUCAGUAUUUAUUUGUAAGACAUCAGUUCAAACUUGGUUUUCUAAAUGAAUUAAAACAAGAUUUAAGCACAGCGCACAAGCAUUACAUGCAUGCUUAUAACAACUUAUAUGAGACCCGGCAAGUAGAUACAAAUAUUCAUGAAAUAAGAACUGUAGCAGGAUAUAUAAAUUAUAAACUUUGUAAGCUACUAUUUGCAUUGAAUUUGGCACGUGAUGCCAUUGCACAACUUAAAUCACACAUAGAACGCUUUAAAAAUAGAAUUGGGCCCACUGAACUUCUCUUUGAACACUAUGCUUGGAUUGCCAGGCAAUAUAGUGCAUUUGGAGAAUUAUUUGAUGAAGCCAUCAGAGUGGGUCUUCCUGGUAUACAAUCACAACACCCAGGCUUUUAUUAUCAAUAUGCUGCCCAAUUUACAGUUAAGAGAAGACAAGCAAUGCGAUCAGUGUGUUGUGAAGCUCUACAGUAUCCGCCACCACCAGACCCAAUGGAAGGUAUAGUGGAAUUUUAUGGUCAAAGACCAUGGAGACCAGGGAGACUCAGUGCUGAUCCUCAUGAUCCUCAAAAGGAACAAGCAGCUGUUCUGGCAUUGCAGUAUAAUGAAAGAAUUUUCAAUCAUUCAACUAUGAUAAUAAGCUUUUUAGGUAGUGCGAUUUCUCAAUUCAAAACAUUCCAUUCACCCAGGAUGAGAAAACAAUUAGUUGUUGAAAUGGCAAAUGAAUAUUACUACUGUGCAGAUUAUGGUAAAGCCCUAACAUUGUUGACUCACAUGCUUUGGGAUUAUAGAAGAGAAAAAUGGUGGUUUUUAGCUUCACAUGUAUUAAAUAGAGCUCUCCAAUGUGCUUACUUAUCUGCAAAAAUACAAGAUUACAUUCAGCUUUCUGUGGAAGCACUGUCAAGACACAUACAAGUGCCAAAUAAUGAUAAGGACAGAAUAUUUAGAAAUGUUAUGUCUGUUCUUCAUUUAAACAUUCCAGCUCCAGAACCUGAUUUGCCGGCUUCAUCUCAAAGUAAAGCACUGGAGCUGUGGCAGAUGGCUAUAGAAAAGGAACCAUUCACAGUUACUAUUGAUAUGGUUAACAUAGCUAGUUUCAUAGAAGUUAAAGCAAGAUUUAAGCAACCAAAGUAUAGAAUGGAUGAGAUAGUAGAAGUUGAAUUGUAUAUACGUCUGACUUAUGACACAGCUAUUGAUAUAAAGGCAGCAAAUCUAACAAUAUCCAGUAACACCGAAACUAUUGAAAUUCCAGUAACUGAUGAUGGUAACACUGUUUUAAAAUUAGAAGGUUGUAAAGUGAAGAGAUUUUUGUGUCAAUUCAAAUCAAAUCCUCAAGAUAAUGGCUCAGAAUUAAAUAUAAAACAUGUGUCAUUUAUCUUAGAUGCAGAUAGAAGACGGAAGAUUGUUAUGAACUUUAAAAUUGAAGAGAAUAAAGCCUUACAACCCACUAUUCAUCCAGAGUUGUUACAUUUCAUAUUGAGCCCUAAAUCUGAUUAUGAAUUUGAUUCUAUUGUGCCUUUAAUUAGUACAAGUAUUACAAGCAGAGAAUGUAGAUUAUCUCUAGCAAUUGAUAAUGCGGUGCCUGCUUUACAAGGUGAAUGGUUUCCAACCACCUUUACGAUAACAAAUGAUGAGGAGAGUUUGGUGACAGAUAUGAAUAUACUUCUUUCACUUCUGAGCUCACCAGAAAACCCAAAUCCUGAAUCUGUUACAGAUUUAAGUUUUAAACAAGGUGAACCACAGUCUCAGCCUUUAAAAGUUAUUGUGGGUGAUUUGGAUAAAUCAUCAGCAUACGCAAAUACAUUUUUUCUUAAAACAAAUAGAACUGCAACAGCUACAGUGCAAAUAAAAGUAUCCUACCACAUAGAUCUCCAUAACACUCCUAAACUUGAAUGUGUAAAAGAUUUCGUCACAAAAAUUGCAGUCAUCAAACCAUUUGAAGUACUGACUAACUUUGUAGCAAUGAAUUUUAAACCUAUUACUAAGUGCUUUGUUGAUGAUCCUUUCAUUGUAAUGCCUCAAAUUAAAAUUUUAAGCCCAUGGGAUUUGCUUAUUUUAAAUACGGAGUUAGAAACAGUAGAUUAUUUUAAAUAUGCAGAUGAAUCAAAACCUCCUUCAUGCAUAAGUAAUUUAAAAGUGGCUGAGAAAAAUAUUGCAUCUGAUGCUGUAUGUAUACAGGCUAAGUUUAAGCCAAAAGAUCUGCCUCCGAGAGUGGGGCUAUAUAAUAUAACAUGGAAGCGGAAAAGUAAUGUAGACGGCCAUUGUGUCAUGAGUAGUACUGCAUUAUCUGGUAUUCCUAUUGAUGAUUGCCCUAUUUCAAUUGAAGUCAAUUAUCCUGAAGUGGUAGACCUACAGACAUCGGUUCCACUGAAAUGUACAUUAAUAGGUAAUACUAACACACCCAUUAGACUCAGUCUUACAGUUGAAGGAUCAGAUGCAUACAUGUUUUCAGGCUACAAAAAGUUUUCAGUAACAGUACCCCCAAAAGACAAGGUUGAAUUAUGCUACAACAUUCAUCCACUGCUGGCGGGAAACACUGUACCGCCAAGAAUUAAAGCUUCAGUUUUAGGGGAGAACUCGAGGCAAGAAGUCAUAAAGGAAAUGUUUGAAAAAAUCUUCCCUCAGAAUAUAUUUGUUAUGCCUAAAUACAAUAAA